AAUGUUGAAAGCGAGAUUUAAAACUGCGAUACUUGAAAUACAUAACGAAAACGGAACGGAUGAAUUGUGGAAUUCAGAAAUAAAAGACUCGGGAAAAAAUCCUGCAUAAACAAAUUCAAUACAUAAUUAUAAAUAAGAGAGUAGGUGGGCUUUUUAUUCACCAACAUCGCAUGUAGUUGGUCGCGAGUUUUAUUACUUUCGCAUUUUAUUACUUCUUACAUAAGAUAUAGCUAACAAUCUUUUGUUCAAACGCUGCUUUUGUAAACUAUGACGCGGUCGAGAUAAGUAUGAUGUAAUGAUAACAGCGAACGUUUUAUCGCGCGUAUCUGAUUGUGAGUCGCGAGCCAAAAUUUAUCUCGCGAUAUAUAUGUCACUUUAUUUUAGGAUUUACAGCUAAGAUAUUAUAAGUCGUGGUCGAGCCACAUUUGCAUAUAACCUUUUGAUACGAUUUAUGGAAUUUAUACUAGAUAAUUACACGUUUACGUGUGUGUUGUGAAGUCUUAAAUUAUUUCAGAGUUUUCAAUCCUUUUUUUUCAAUCGCUUCUAAGUUCUCUUUUCUUGAUAUUUUCAAUUGAACUUCUUGGUUCAUAACAAAAUUGACGAAGACACGCUAACACAUCGAAUUUAUACAACAAAUUAACAACUACGCUAAUACAAUCAGAAAAGAACGCAGUCGCAUCGUGACAGACGAUCCAAUCGCGCGUGAAGUAAUUUGAAUCGACAUUGUUCGAAUUUCCGAUUGUAUAUAAAAUACAAUAAAUCUAAAUUUUUUGUGUGUGUCAAAUUAUAUUAUUGCAUUGUUUUCUGUGUAAUACGAAUUUUUAUUUGCAAUAUUAUCUAUAUUCGUUUAUCUAUAUUUGUGUUAUCUAUAUUCGUUUUACAUUGAAAUGAUGAAGAGGAACCAGCUAAGUUUUACUGGAGUGGAUCACUGGAGUGGAAAAAAACCUGGAAUGAACGUGUCUACGGUGUUCCCCGAAAGAUAUGUGGACAAUGAGCGACCUCAGCGUCACGUAUCUCCGAUACCAAAAGAAGAAGAAGGUUUCGACUUGGAACGAUAUCGUCGUGUAAAGGAGUUUGUUGGCUUAGAGGAAGUCACAAAGCUUGACUUCUUGCUGAUGUUGUUCGCUGAGGUUUUGGGCACGUUCCUGCUAGUUUUUAUCGGCUGCGCUUCCUGCAUCACGUGGAUAACCGCAAAGUCGCCGUCUGUUUUGCAUAUUGCGUUUACUUUCGGUCUUGCAGUGGCAAGUUUGGCGCAGGUUUUAGGUCCGAUCUCCGGAUGCCACGUAAAUCCGGCCGUGUCAUUUGGCUUGAUGCUCAGCGGAAAUUGCUCCUUCCUCAAGACCGUCAGUUAUAUUAUCUGUCAAUGUUGCGGUGCUAUUGCGGGAUCCGCUGUUCUCAAGCUAAUGUUACCCACAGAAAUAGAGACUGCGAACAGCUUGGGUUCUACCACGCUAGGCGCCGGCAUAACCGCGGGCCAGGGCGUCGUGAUGGAGGGUAUUAUCACGUUUCUGCUCGUGCUGGUAGUGCACGCGGUUACAGAUCCGAAGCGGACCGAUGUAAAAGGCUGGGCCCCACUGGCGAUCGGUCUGACAAUCUCGGCCGCCCACAUGGCGGCGGUGCCUCUCACUGGCAGUAGCAUGAACCCCGCUCGUACCCUAGGUCCGGAUGUAGUAAGGGGCGAGUUUUCGAACUGGUGGGUGUACUGGGUAGGUCCGCUUGUCGGUGGCGGUAUGGCCGGAGUUGUUUAUAGAAUGGGUCUGAGGAGUAAUCGAGAGGAUGACGAGGGCUCAUACGAUUUCUAAAAACGAUAUUUGGUCAUCGUGAUAAAGCCUGACAAUAAUUUCCUGAACUGAACAAAAAUCACUCUCGAAUGUAAAUAGUAGGAAGUAAAUAUUUCAGAAAAAAAAUUCUCUUAUAUAAAGAUACUUUGAAAACUACUCUACGUAAUUUUAAACGCGAUAUUUUGUCUUUUCUUAAUAUAUAUUUAACUUUCUCUCUUGAAAUCAUCUUGUCGAACCAUUCACUCAAUUAUAUCAUCUUUUAAUAUUAAUGUUUAAGAUGUCUUAAAUAAUAAGGUUUAAUGAAAAACGCAAUAAGCAAAACUAUGUAUCGUUAUUGUAGAAUAUCAAAUGUAACAUAUAAAAAACAACUUGUAAAUUAUUAUAUCUAUUAAGGGAAGGAGUGUAAAUAUGGACAGGUUUAAUUGUUAAACAAAAAUAAUUAAAGAAUGUAAAUAUUGAAAGAAUAAUAGUUUAUCAGACUUACUUUGUAUAUAUAUAAACAUGCAUUAUUCAAACAUAAAUGUUAAAAGAAUACAUUUUCGUCAACAUGUCUGAGAACUCAAUAUGUUACAACUCCGAUCUGAUAUUUAUACUUCUUCCCUAAUAUAAAUAUUUUCAAAAAUUCUUACAAUUUUAAAGAUACUUUCUGAGAAGCGCGCAAAUAAGAAAAAUAUUUUUCAGCUUUUAUUGACUAAAGAUUGUUAUACGAUAUCAACGAAAUUCGAGAUUAUAACUUAUUAUUACGGGACUUAUUAUUACUCGACACUGUUUCACGUAAAUUCUACGUAUCUUAUUUUGUACAUCAGUCAGAUUUUUGUACAUAAUGUAAACUAGUUUACUUUAGUAUAUUACGUAAUCAAGUUUAACUUUACCUCGUGUAUAGCGCACUUUGUGCGCAAUAAAUCUGAAAAUUAAAUACAAUACAAUAAUAAAUA